CUCUUCAUGCAGGGAAGAUCUACUGCAGGACGCUUAUAAUGUCUUCUUUCAAACGUAAAACACUGUCAGGUCGGGCUAACCUACCCCAAGGCACUCGUCUUUCCCCGUUUUCCACUUCUACCGUGAUCACUUCAACUGGGAUACCUUCACUUGAUGAUAUUCUCGGUGGGGGACUACCUUUGUCUUGCUCUCUCGCUGUCCUUGCUCCUGAUCAUCACUCGGCAUACGGAGAACUGGUGCAGAAGUACUUCGUAGCCCAAGGUCUUGCCUCUGGUCAGAAAGUCUGCAUCGUCCAUGACGAACCCCUGAGAUUUGCAAGGGAGGGCAUUUGGAUGGCCGGGAAUACUCCAUCGACGCCUGCACAAGCCAGUACAGCUGAGGAUGCGGACGAUGAGAAGGCGAGUCAGCAUGAUAAUAAGAUCAAGAUUGCCUGGCGUUAUGAGCAGAUGAAGAAGUUUCAGACAACAGUCUCGUCUAACUCUCUUAAUGACGAUCUCUGCCUGUCAUUUGAUUUGACUUGCAGAAUCCCCGCUACAGCCCUUGAUGCUGCACGACAAUCCGCCCAACUGAUUCCGAUUGAUGUUGAUAUAUUUGAGGAUGGUACGGGAGUAAUCGAACAGAUCGAGGAGCUACUGUCGAACGGCACAGAUGCACACGCUGUCCGAAUAUGUAUCCCUGCUUUAGGAUCGCCCCACUGGGACGACAUGCAACCACCAACUGUGUUGGCCUUGCUGCACUCGCUUCGAAGGCUUCUGCAUCGGCAUCCAAAUGCUUGCGCCUCACUAUCUCUCGCUCCUCAUAUGUGUACGGAUACAUGGGGAGGACCGGGGUGGGUUCAAAAAGUGGGGUGGCUAAGUGAUGCAGCAAUCUCGAUGUCGGCAUUUGGUGCUAACCCAUCACUAUCUUCUCUUUUCCCUUCCCAUCACGGCAUCGUUCAAAUUCUGACGCUUCCGGCCCCCCAUACUAUUCUCCCAGCCAGUGAUAAAUAUUCCACCCUCCGCGGGUUGUCAUCGGCUGCAGGGUCGAUGGGCGGAAGUGGAGAAAAUAACCUUGCUUUCAAGUGUAUGCGCAAACGUCUUAUCUUUGAGACCCUACAUCUGGACUUGGAAGGUGGUGUGACUGAGCGGCGAACGACACCUUCCUCGAAUGCUAUGGCACUGGAUGGCAACAUGGUGCAUGAAACGAUGCCCGCUGCUGUUCUGGCGACUGAAGGCAGAAAGGGCUCACUUGCAACUGUGGAGGUUGAAUUUGAACGUUCCAAGGAGGUAGUGUCCGAUACUUCUACGAGUCGGGCUAUACCCGAUGCUGACGACUCCCUUGUUCCUGCAAAGCCAAAGAAGCCAAAGAAAAAGGUGGCGUUCCGUUCUGAGCGUCCUGAUUUGUACGAUUUUUGAAGGCAAUUUAUCUCCGUUACCCUGCAACAUGGCGAUGACUACGGUACUGUUCGCCCUGUUGUACCUGUAAAUGGAAAAAGUGAGUGUUACUCAUGAAGCCAAGUGUGCAACGACUGUCAAUAUUGGCCCUCGUUACGUUGGAAUGACGAGGAGUGGAGAGUCGACAGCUGUAAGCAUUUGAUGUCGGAGAUACAAGUCACUAGGACUAGCUCCAGCAUAAUUGAAUAACCAUGAGCUGACGUGUGAAAUCUAGAAAAUUAGAUUCGGAGAGCUUUCACCUUUGAACAGCUGUGUGAUGUAACCAUGUCGCGGUGAUGGAGAUAUGAUGAAUGCA